CAGGCAAACAUGACUGUUAGAGAGAGGAGUGACAGGGGGGAAAAGUCACAUGGUCAGUCUCCUUUGCAGUUUUCAGAUGCUGCUAGUUCCCGAUGUAAAGAGAUCUGGGUGAGCUCCCACAGGCAACUGCUGGUGCAUGAUAAGGAGAUGUUGCAUUCCUGUUUUAUGAAGGAGAUGGGGUCCCGCUUGCCUCUGUCACCUGUGUGGGUGGUUACACAAAAGCUGCCAGUGAGAGUCAUGGUAAUACAGUCUCUAACCUGCUGUAUUCCAGUGCGGCUACUGGUUUUCCACUGGGCUCCAAAAACAGCAGAAGCCCAAGAACAUAGAACCGUUGGUACGGGCUCUUCAGUGCUGUUGACUGCAUUGCCCAUCAAUGACCAAACAGUCAUAAAACAUAUACAGUGGGAAUACAUAAGUAGUGCCCCAACUCACGGUAUUGUGGAUUACUAUGGAACUGGAACAGAACCUAUUAUCUCUAAUUCCUAUAAAGACAGAGUCAUUUUCUAUUCAUCCAACGGCUCCCUCUUGUUGAAAAACGUACAAGAGACAGACAGCGGGACCUACAGAGCUACCGUCAAUUUGAACAAAAUUGAAGCCAGGCAAACUACACUGCUAGUCUUAGAGCCUAUGUCCAAAACUCAGAUACAGAUAGCUCAGAUACAGAUAAAUUCUACUGUGGCUGGUUCAUCCAUUGAAUUAUCCUGCAAGGUGCUGGUUGGCAAAGUGCAAGCUAUUGACUGGAAGAAAGAUGGGAAGCCCCUACCCAGGAACAGAUGUUACCAGGUCUCUGAAAACUUCAGUCUUCUGUACAUACCAGAAGCGCAGAAAUCAGAUUGUGGAUCCUUUUCCUGCAAUGCCAGCAAUGAUAUAAGCUGGCAGGAAACCUCAGUGAAUUUGACCAUUGAAGGUAUCAUGCCUUCACUAAAGCAUGCACUGAAAAUUUCUACUGUUGCUCUUGCUAUUGCAACAACAUUGGCUGCUGGAUCUGGAUUGGGCUUCAUUAUCUUGUGCUGUCAAUCAGAAAAGAAAAAAAUUACGGGAGAGCUGUGGAGAUGGCUUAUCGUAUUCAUCCAUGGGCUGGUGUGUGUCUCGGCCAUCCUGAUGUUCACUGCUGCUGUCUUCUGGAUAUGGGAAGAAGGUCUCUCCACAGCCCUUGUAUUGUAUAUGAUCUUCCUCACGUGGGUGAUCAUGGUAACGCUUCUCAUAAGUGUGGUCUUGGCAAUUUGUCCCCAACACCUUGAGAUGUUUAAAAAGAAAACAAUGUACCGUGUCAUUCUGGAUACUGCAGCUCUUGGGGGAGUGAUUCUAGUUGUGUUGUUUGCGAUCUUCCUUACACAGAACAUCCAGCAUCUCCAAAGAAAAGGCUGCUCACCAUUUUUUGACAACACAGCUGCCAUCCUUAUCACUGCUGCAAUUUCUCUCCUUAUUCUUCUAGCGCCCUUUGUGUGGUAUCACAGGAAGAAAAAAAGCCAAGAAAAGAAUCAGCAAAAAAGAGAACCUGUAGAAGUAAGGAUGCAGUGCCCCAGAAAACCUUUUCAUUGGACUUUGAAAAUAUUCUCAUUGGUUCUCCAUAGUACCACAAAAACUGAGAGAUCCCUCAAUUCAGCCAGAACUUUUUUGAGCUUCCAGUACUUCAAAACACUUUACAACUGCUUGUGUAAAUAUACACCAACACACAGGACUAUUGUUUAACAUUUAACAGUAAAACACCACAUCUUUUUAGGCCAGGAAGAGAAGAAUUUCACAUGGAAUUGAAAAGCUGAGAAUUUCUGGAAGCAAAAUGUAAUGAAAUAAGAUGGACUGUAGCCAGGACGGUGGGAUCAGCUCUGCUGCUUUUCCAGUGGCACUCUUUCCAUUUUUCAUGACCUGGCAGAGAGGAGUUGUGAAUUUUGCAUCUGCUCUGGAUGACAAUGCAUCUAGGAACACAAUGCCUCCAACACCAUGCUUGGCCAUCAGUGCAGUUCUGACAUCAGGCUAGAUUGUAGAGGUGGCAAUACUCGAUUUCUUGCACAGCCCCCUGCAACUCAGCAAUAGCCUCUUUGUCUUGGAAGGAAUUGUAUCCCAUACAGAAACACCAAUGCUAGUUCUGGCAGCACCUGUUUUCUUCCUGGAGCUGCUCUCAUCAAGAGCUCCCGUUCCCUCUGCUGUCUGAGGAGGUGUCGUGCCUAAGCUCCUGGAAGAUGUCCCUUUGUUGUCCAGGCCUGGAGCUAUAACAAUCCUUGGAUGGCCAGAGCUGCAGAACUGACCAGCCAGCAAGCACGGUUAAAGGGACACUUGAGGUGAUAGCUAACAUAGCUGAACAAAUUUCAAACAUUUUUACAUUUUCAUUGCUUUCCUAUGUAGAUACAGUUAAAUGAGGAUCCAGAAGCCGAAAGCCAGGAAUGAAAGGUAUGUAUCCUCCAGGUCAGUGGUUCUCAGGUGGGAUCAUGAGGCAGUAUUAAGAGUAUCAGAACUUAGGAUACAACAUGGUUUCUGCUUAAAACUGAAUUUUUAGUCCUCCCUCCAAACAAAGAUACAAUGAUCUGCUUGAGAUUUGAAAUGCUCAUUCAAGACCCAGGGUAGAGUUUAUAAUACAAAUUUGGAGUCUCAUAGCCAUGUGUUUGUGACAUACAGCCACCCUCAAAACAGAACCCAUGAAAAUAAGGUCAUUUUUUGUGUGUAAGAGAUAAGGAUUGAUCAGGAGACAAGAGAUACCUGGAGGGAAGAUGUUCUCUUCUCUCCCUGCUUCCCCUCUCUCACCCGAACACUUUGUUCUAGAAGAAAGUCACUUACAGAACAAUGGGGGCUGCGGGAAGCGGCGCAGGCUGAGGGAUGUGCUGGCCACCACUUCCCGCAGCCCCCAUUGACCUGG